AUGGAUAUGGACGGCUUGGACAUCGACCUAGUUAUGUUUAUGGUGCUUUGGCUGAAGGGUAAAGCCCUGCAAUGGGCCGCCCGCUAUUUUGAGCAGUAUCCAAUAGGGGAAGUUAGUUUUUGGAUUUUUGCUAAGGAUCUACAAGAUGCCUUCUGCUGCAACCCACAGCCACCCACUUCACUCACCGCCACACCUUCAUCUGGCCCAAGUGGACUGUCAUCUGUGAGCUGCCUUCGUCUUAUUAGGCACCCUCUCUGCAUCUCCGAGGGACCGAACCUCCAAACCUUCAUCCGGUCCGGACAGCGCUACCUCCUCAUCUCUGGUGGGCUGCCAUUCAACCUCAUCCUCUGCCUCAGCCGGCGCCAUCUCCGCACCUCUGAUGGGCUGAACCUCCACCCGUCGACAACGUCGACACAGUCACCGGCACCCGUCCAAGAGGCCCCGCCUGCAGCAGCACAGCCCAUCCAAGAAGCUCCACCUGCAGCGACACAGCCUAUCCAAGAGGCUCGGCCUGUAGCGGCCCAGCCCGUCCAAGAUGCUCCACCUGCAGCGGCUCCGCCUGCCCAAGAGGCUCCACCUGCAGUGGCUCAGCCUGUCCAAGGGGCUCCGCCGGUCCAAGGGCCUCCACCCCCAGCCCAGCUGGUCCGAGAGUCCCAGUCUACACCUGCGGAGACCCGGUCUAUGCCUGCAGAGUCCCGGUCUACGCCUGCAGGGUUCCGGUCUAUGCCUGCAGGGUCUACACCUGCAGGAUCCAUGACUGCAGGGUCUUCAGUGUCCUCGCCAGCCGAGUCUCCAGAGUCUUCGCCAGCCGAGUCUUCGCCAGCUGAGUCUUCGUCUUCAGAGUCUUCGUCUUCAGAGUCUUCUCUUCCGCCUCCUGCAGAGUAUUUGCUUAAGCCUCCAGAGUCCCCGUCUUCAGAGUCCCUGUCUCAUCCUCAUCCUCCAGCGUCCUUUCAUCCUCCAGAGUCCCCGUCUCAUCCUCAUCCUCCAGAGUCCCCAUCUCAUCCUCAUCCUCCAGAGUCCCUUCAUCCUCCAGAGUCCCCACUUCAUCCUCCAGAGUCUUCAAAGUCCCUUCAUCCUCCUCCAGUGUAGUCGUCCCCUCAUCCUCCUCCAGUGUCGUCGUCCCCUCGGCCUCCUGAGUCUUCGUCCCCUCAGCCUCCUGGGCCUCCUGCGUCCCGGCUCCUGGCUCCCCAUAGCCGCCCCCCCAGAGCGUCCUGGUCCCGGCUCCUGAUUCCCUGUCGCCGGCCCCACAGGGCCUUCAGGUCCUGGCUCCUGGUCACCCAUUGCCGGUCCCAGAGUGUCCGGACCCAUAGCGUCCGGACCCCGGACUCUACUGGUCCCUUCCUCCGGGGCUUACUUUUGGUUCCCUUGUCUUUUGUCUUGUGUUUGUGUCUUGUGCUUGUGUCUUGUGGGCGUCUCGUAUCCGCCCCUUGAGGGGGGAUGGGGGUGGGGGGGCACUGUCAUGUUCUGCGUCCUGCAACCCCCUCAUGUGU